AUGCAGUUUUUUACGGCACGUCAUUUAAUCUUUUCUCCUACGGAAGAAGUUUCGGGUUCAUUACAACGUAUUGAUAAUUGUUUACAAGAUGUUUUAUGUGCAAUCAAAACGUUAACAAGAUAUUUAGAGAGAAUUAAAUGUGUUCAAUAUUUUAAAACAUUUUAUGAAUUAGUGUUGAAAGAAGCUGAACCGUUGACACAAGAACCUAAAUUACCACGUGUUAGACGACCACCUAAAAGAUUUGCUGAUACAUUACAAGCAUCGGUAGUUCAUCAAAUAUCUACGACAUAUUUACGUUUUCAACAAUCGGUUUUUCCAUUGUUAUGUAAAGUUGAAAAAUUUAUUCUUGCAGCAGCAAAUGGCACAAAAGAAGAAGCUGAUGAUUUAAAUAUUGAAAAUAUUAUUGAAUUUUUAACUGAUAAUAUUAACAUUUCUCAUUUACAACGUGAAAUGAACAUGUUAACUGAUUAUUUAUUGAUUAUUAACUUAGAAAAUAAUUUCGGGAUAAGAAAGAUUUCAAAAAUUCAAACUAUUUGUGAUCUACUCAAUGUACAAUCUGUUGGAAAAGCUAUGUUCUGUGAAUUUAGUACACUGAUACGUUUAUAUUUAACCAUUCCCGUAACAACGGCUACAGCGGAAAGGUCCUUUAGUGUUAUGAAUCGAAUAAAGACAUAUCUACGAUCAAGCAUGACACAACAACGUUUAAACCAUGUCAUUAUUCCUCAUAUUCAUACAGAAAAAUUAGACAAACUGGACUUGAACAACAUUUGUUCUGAUUUUAUUUUAAAAACCACAGUAGAAAAGCUUUUUUUGGUCGUGAAUAGUGUUGUUUAG